GAGCGUGAUGCUGAGGGCUCUGCUCCCUCACUAGUCACUUGAAACUCUCGAGGGGAGGAGUUGAGUAGCACAUGCCUUAGGCUAUAAAUCUGGGGUGACCCAUCUUCAAACUGAGCCGAAGGACUUACUAAGUCAGAGGGAUCCCAGAAGCGGACAAGCAUGCCGGCAAAACCAGCCCCGAUAAAGAAGUCGGCUAAGGCCGCCAAGAAGGAGGAGCCGGCACCGGCACCCGCACCCGAACCAGCGCCCGCGCCCGAGCCCGCACCCGAGCCCGCCCCCGCUGAACCAGCCCCCGCCGAACCAGCCCCCGCCGAAGCCGCUCCAGCGGAGGCAGCCCCGGCUGAAGGAGCCCCGGCGGAGGCACCUCCUGCUGAGGCACCUCCUGCUGAAGCCCCACCAGCCGAACCCGCUGCAGCUGAUGCUGAAGCUCCAGCUGCUGAGGAAAUCAAAGCACCUACACCUCCUCCACCUGCAGAGCCCACCAGCGAGCCUCUCGAGCUCGGCGUUGAGGAUGUCAAUGACACUUCCGUCACUAUCUCAUGGAGACCACCAGCCACCAUUGGAAACUCUGGUCUGGACGGAUACACUGUGGAAAUCUGCAAGGAAGGAACUGGUGACUGGAAAGCCGCUAACGAGGAGCUGACUGUGUCCUGCCGUUACAUCAUUAAGAACCAGACCACCGGUGACCGCCUGAACAUCAGGGUGCUGGCUGUAAACCCUGGCGGCCGCAGCCCUCCUGCCACUCUGGCCGACCCUGUCCUGGUCAGAGAGGUUGUAGAUCGCCCCAAAAUUCGUCUGCCACGUUUCCUGAGGCAGCGUUAUGUGAAAAAUGUUGGAGAGAAAAUCAACCUUCUUAUUCCCUUCAGUGGCAAACCACAACCUGCUGUGUCAUGGACAAAGGAUGGCCAGCCUCUGGAUACUAAAAAGGUGAACAUCCGCAACAGCGACAAGGACAGCAUCUUCUUCAUCCGUGCCGCUGAGAGAGCUGACUCCGGCGUGUAUGAGAUGUGUGUGAAAGUGGAAAGCUUUGAGGACAAAUCUCAGUUGACUCUGCAGAUUGUUGAGUUGCCUGGACCUCCAGCCAGCGUCAAGAUCGUGGACACCUGGGGUUUCAAUGUUGCUCUGGAAUGGACUGAGCCCAAGGAUACUGGAAACACAGCAAUCACUGGAUACACCAUCCAGAAGGCUGACAAAAAAACAGGGGACUGGUUCACAAUACUGGAGCAUUAUCACAGAAUGAAUGCCACUGUUUCAGACCUGAUCAUGGGGAACACCUACAUCUUCAGAGUCUUCACUGAGAACAAGUGUGGAAUCAGUGAAGAAGCCACCGUGACAAAGACCUCAGCCUACAUCCAGAAGACAGGCAUUGACUACAAGCCUCUAGAGUACAAGGAACAUGACUUCAGCGAGGCACCCAAAUUCACCACCCCCCUGGCAGACCGCAGCACUACUGUUGGCUAUAACACCAAGCUGCUUUGCUCCGUUAGGGGAUUCCCUAAGCCCAAGAUCGAGUGGAUGAAGAAUCAGAUGAUCAUUGGUGACGACCCCAAGUUCAGGCAAAUCAACAACCAGGGCAUCUGCUCCCUAGAGAUCCGCAAGCCCGGCAACUUUGACGGCGGCGUCUACAGCUGCAGGGCCAAGAACGAGCACGGAGAGGCCUUGAUUACCUGCAAACUGGAGGUUAAACAGCCUGUGAUUGCUGAUGCUGAUAAGAAAUAAGUUCAACACCCACAUUCAUACAGUCCCAAAUAAGGAACAGAAAAAUGUGGGAUCCCUCUCAAAAGGAUUGUGAAGACGUCUUUUGCUGAUGAGAAAAAAAACAUGUACAUAUGAAAUAAAAAUACAUAUAUAAAAAUAGACAUUCUCCUCCUUUUUCAUAAUUAAAUGCUUGGCCUCACAAUUAUGAAAAAGCACAUAUAUUUAUUAUAUGGACAUUUACAUCAGCAGCUGCCUGUGACGUAUCGAUUCUUGUCUGUGUAUUGCCGCUCAUACUCGUCCCUGAGUCCAGUGAUGUAACUCGGAUCAAGUCCUAACCGGACCAACAGGAGUGUUUGUUCAAUUAAACGAUAGCCUUUCACCCACA